CACCCCAAUUAGUGAGUUUAAAAUUCUUUCAAAAAUCAAAACUCACUGGAUUCCAUCACCUACAUCAAAUCGGUAUAAUCUCUGUUUCGAUUAAAUAAUUUCCCAAUUGCGAAUUUAAUUCAAGGGAAUCCGGCCAUGUUCUUCCAUUCGCCUGCACGAACACAUAUAGAUACGACUACACAGCGCUGAUAUAUCUGUAUUAUUUCUGCCGAAUUUCGACGGGUGAGUGCAGCGGCCGCCUCGCAGAUCUGAGUUUUUAUUAGGAUUCUGGAAAUAGUCACAUCCCAGUGCGCCUUAAGAAAGGCUGAUAACAGUAAAUCUUAAGUGCUGAGAAAUGGAAGAUCUGUCAAGUUUUUGGGGCCCUGUGACAUCCACACAUGAGUGGUGUGAACUGAAUUACGCCCACUCUUCCUAUAUUGCUGAAUUUUUCAACACCAUAUCUAAUGUCCCAUGCAUCAUUCUAGCACUCAUUGGUCUUGUUACUGCACUGAGACAGCGAUUUGAGAAAAGGUUCAGCGUCCUUCACUUAUCAAAUAUGAUACUUGCCAUUGGCAGCAUGCUCUAUCAUGCCACACUGCAGCGACUGCAGCAGCAAGGGGAUGAAACACCCAUGGUGUGGGAAAUGCUCCUUUACAUCUACAUUCUCUACUCUCCCGACUGGCAUUAUCGAAGUACAAUGCCCACAUUUUUGUUUCUCUAUGGCGCAGUAUUUGCAGUUGCACACUCACAAGUUCGCUUCGACAUUGGUUUCAAGGUGCACUACGCAUUGCUUUGUCCCCUUUGCAUUCCCAGGAUGUACAAGUAUUACAUUCACACAGAAGAAAAAGCUGCUAAGCAGUUGGCAAAGCUGUACGUGGCCACUCUUGUGAUGGCAACUAUCUGCUGGCUAGUCGACCGUCUCUUAUGCAAGAAUAUUUCGCUGUGGCACUUCAAUCCACAGGGUCAUGCCUUGUGGCAUGUUUUAAUGGGUUUCAACUCAUACUUUGCCAACACAUUUUUGAUGUUCUGCCGAGCUCAACAACGAGGGUGGGAUCCAAAAGUAGAGCGCAUUUUGGGGUUCCAAGGCUAUGGAGGCUCGGCUAAAAGGGGCAAGUUGAUGUCAGGGGCCUCGGCCAACAAAGCGAGGGCGCCUCGUCCGACCCACCGGCAGAAAGGACCCCGACAGCAAAGUCUCGACCCGUGACCACCGUGUGCGGCUCUCCCCCAAAACCGCCAUUCUCUUCUACGACUUGCAGGACCGGCUCGGCUGCGACCGCCCCAGCAAGGCCAUCGAUUGGCUGAUGGCGCAGGCCAAAUCCGCCAAUGCAAAUUGCAGCGGUUAUGCGAGGGAACCACUUCAGUCCGGUUAUUAUUCUCUGUUUCUAAGGCUUCGGAUUUUCCAACCAGGAGCUGAUCAACUUCCACCCGCUGAUGAGGUGGCAGCUUUGAGCAUGUCUUCUUCGGACUUCGGUCUUGCAGCAUUAUUAAGCAUUGGGAGAUUUAAUUUUAACAUUGUUUGUUCAAUUUUUUUUUCUUAGCUAAUGUACAUUCUAUGUAACAACUGCGGUGGGAUAGAGAUUUUGAUUUUUUUAUUUAA